AUGCACAUACAUCCCCACCAUUGCCAAAGGAGUCUGAUUACCCACUUCUCACAGUGCUGCUGCUCUGCCGAAUCCGAAUGGUCUAGCUGGCAUCCACGUCAUCUGCUUUCCGAUAACUCAGUGUGGCGAUCUUUCCGAAGAUCAUCGGAUGCCAUGGAAGCCAAGCAGGAAACCUCAGAGGGUAUAUCUUCUACAUAUUUUGACCUAGCGUGCCAGGAACCGUCUUUCUGGACGUCUAAACAGAGAGAGGUUGAGAUUGAAUUGAGGAGUGUUGCUGAUACUUCUGGGAAAACUAAAAAAAAAAAAGCAAUCAAAGGCAGAUAUUAUCAUGAAGCAAGCACCAUGACAUUUUUCAAACCAGCUGGUAGGCCUUCCAUAGGAGCCCGAUUAGCUUCUGUAAAGUACUUUCAGCCUUCCAGAAUACGUAGAACAUGCUCGAGGAAAAAUCAACUUACUCUCUUACGCAAUCGAUUUCGAAAUAGGCUAUUUGGACCCUCAAUAGCGGUACAAGGUAGAAGCGGUGAGCAGAUGACUAAAAAUGUCACCAACCGCCAGGAGGUUGCCUCUGAUGGAGAGGAUAAAGAGAGAAUACAUGUUUCAAAAGAGAGCCAGGAGCAGCGCGGCAUUCAGUACCUUGAAGAUAGCGCAAGUUCUGGGAGAUAUAUUCAAGCAAAUGCAACUCGAGAAGAAUGGUGUCAAUCUGUUCAAAGCAGCAAAACCGACCAUGUCAAUAUGUCUACUCAUAAACAACACGAACAUUCCAUGGAAACUCAUCACUUUCCUCGGCUUCAUGUGCAUCCAAAUCAUCUGCAUUAUCAACCGCUACAACAUCGCUUCAAAAAAGGUCAUUCGAUAGGCUUAUUGAUGCCUGGGCCCCGUGUGAAGCCUAUACAUGUAGAGAGAUUCAGUGAUAGUUACUUGGGUUACGCGGUGAGCUCUGCAGAAGAUAAGUGGAAGGAUGCGGAUCUUGAUAGACACAGCGACAGAUCAUCAAGUGUUGGUCUUGGAAUGAAGGAUGAGAAGAACAAGAGUAUACUCCAUCAGGUAGGCCAAAGCUAA